AUGGCAUCAGCAAUCCUUGCUGGAAAUGGACGGCAGAAAACAGUUGAAGAGCUUUUAUGCUCCGCAGAAUUACCUGAUGGAAUACACAGCCAGUUAACAUUUAUUGCAGUUUUAAACUCUUUUCUGUCCAUUACUGCAUUUCUUGGGAAUGCUCUGAUCCUAAUUGCUCUUCAUAAGGAGUCUUCACUUCAUCCGCCGUCCAAACUCUUGCUUCGAUGCCUUGCAACAACCGAUCUCUGCGUUGGUCUUAUCUCAGAGCCUCUCUUUGUUACCUAUUGCAUGUCUAUAGUGAACGAACAUUGGAAUAUGUGUCGCUACGCAACAGCAACGGGCUUUACAACAGCCAAUAUUUUCUGUGGAGUAUCUGUGUUGACACUGACUGCAAUUAGCGUGGACAGACUUCUCGCCCUGUUGUUGGGACUAAGAUACAGACAAGUUGUAACUUUAAAGCGAACUUACAUGAUCGUUAUUACGUUUUGGGUUGUGUCCACUGUCAUUUCGGCAAUGCAAUUUUGGAAUCCCCUUAUAACCUUAUGGUGCGGUAUCAUAGCUAUAUCUCUGUGUCUAGUAACCUCGAUCUUCUCUUACUCAAAGAUAUUCCUCACCCUCCGUCAUCAUCAAAAUCAAGUACAAGACCAUGUUCAACAACCGAACGAAACAAAUCAAGUGAGCAUAGCGCGAUACAAAAAGGCACUGUCCAGUGCAAUAUGGCUGCAACUGGCGAUGGUCAUUUGUUACCUACCCUAUGGUGUAGUGACGGCUUUGGCGCCAAAUAGUGGACGAAUUUCAUCCGUUUAUUACGCUUGGCGUUAUGCAUUCACUUUAGUUUUCUUUAACUCGUCAUUAAACCCGAUUUUUUACUGCUGGAAGAUAGAAGAAGUCAGACAAGCUGUGAGGGACACAAUCAGACAAGUGGUAUGCCAUUGUUUUGCGACUUAGCUCUAAAAGUCCGAGGCUAAGAAAAGAUAAAAAGUGUAUGAUGCUCAAAGAUUAAGAUUUUUAAAAUUCUGUUAAAGGUUGUCUUAAAUUCAAGUGGUGCGAACUCAUCUCAAUUUAUCGGCAUUACUUGUUUUUGUAGUAGUAUGGUAGCAAAAAGAGAGAAUUUCAUCAUUUUUGUAAAUAAAAGACAAC